AUGGCAAAACAAGGCGAGAUUCUGAAAGAACCCCAUGUCUUGCCUACAGGAACGGUUCUCAUUGCUGGUGGUGGUCCUGUCGGGUUGAUACUGGCACGCGUUCUGUCGUUUUACGGAGUGAAAUCGGUGUUGUUCGAACGUAACGCAACGACGACGAGCUGGCCCAAGAUGGACCUGACGAAUGCUCGAUCUAUGGAGCUCUUUCGAAAGAUUGGUCUUGCUGACGAUCUGCGGAAAUUCGGGGUCCCGGCCAACUUUGACCAGAAUGUGCUCAUCUCGGCUGGACUGGCUGCUGACACACCUAUCACAACAUGGAAGCUACCAGGCGUGGACAAGUUCCGCGCCCAGAUUCGCGAGAAGAAUGACGGCAGCCAGCCGCUGGAGCCAUGGCAGCGCAUAUCGCAAGCCAUCUUUGAGAAGUGGCUCGAGGCGAUCUGCGAAAAAGACCCGCUCAUCAGUCUUCACUACAGCCACCGAGUUGACCGGGUGGAAGAAGAAGAGGACCAUGCAAAAGCAGUCGUCACGGACAGCAAAAUCAUGAUCAGCACUGUCUGGAAGUCCGACUACGUCAUUGGCUGUGAUGGUGCAUCUAGCAAGGUUCGGCGUUCUCUCAGCCUGCCACUGGAUGGCGGACCUAUUCCAUCCUGUGCUCUUCUUGUGCACUUUAAGUCCAGGGAUCUCACACGUCUGCACAAGCAAGGUCGUUUUUGGCACAUCUUUUUCCUCGGCCAGUCGGGCGGUUUCGAAGCCGCAAUCAUAUCACAGGACGAAAAGGAUACCUGGACGACGCAUCUGUUCAUGCCCGUGGACGCUAACCCGGACGAAAUUGAUUCGCACGAGGCUGUAUACCGUAUUCUCGGUGGCCUCUACGGCAACUACCACAUCAGGAUUGACGAAAUCCUGGUCCGCUCAGUGUGGCGACCGAACAUUGCGGUCACGCGGAAGUGGGCAGGGCCUCAUCAGCGCGUGUUUCUGGCGGGCGAUGCCGCCCACCAGAACAUCCCUACAGGUGGCUACGGCAUGAACAUGGGCAUCGGCGAUGCCUUUGACCUUGGUUGGAAGCUUGCGGCCGUCAUCCAGAGCCAGGCCGGUCCGACGCUGCUCCGGUCCUACGAGCUGGAGAGGCGGCCGGUGGCCCUGCGAAAUGUGGUGCACUCGGGCGUACACUUCCGCGUGCAUGAACAUCUCAAGGAGCUACUGCUGGAUGGGGGGGACCCGCGUCGGGUGGUCGAGGACACAGACGAGGGCCGGGCGCUGAGACGCAAGAUCCACGAAUACUACCAGGAGCACGACGGCGAGAACAAGGACUUUGGCAUCGAGAUGGGCUACCGCUAUACGUCGCCGGUGAUACUGCGGCAGGAUGACGACCUGGACGAGCCGGUGUGGAUGGCUCGCCAGUACGUGCCGACGUCGUGGCCGGGAAGCCGACCGCCGCACAUCUUUCUGUCAGAUGGGACGCCCAUCUUCGACAAGUUUGGGCCAAACUGGGCCCUUCUCGUGUUUACGGACCAGGACGUCGGACAAAGCUUCUUGAUGGAUGCGGCAUGCCGACAUUCUGUGCCGCUGCUAAAUGUGUACCUGGCCGAUGAGAAGCUCGCGUGUAGCUUGUACGAGAAGAAGCUCGUGUUAGUUAGGCCGGACCAACAUGUUGCGUGGAGGGCCGAUCAGAUUGAUGCAGACAAGGACGCCGAACGUAUCUUGCAGACGGUGAUAGGACGAAUUGAGACAACCACCACUCCGACGAAUGGGAAUGGAAACUUCGAGACUAGAUCGGGGUUUGAGGCUCGACUUACAGACCUCGUAGAGGUCACCACGCAAGUCAAUGGUUUCAGUUUAGAUAAGCAGGGCGAUUUCCAGCGGUAG